AUGCAAGCUACAAGAGUCAUCACACGCAACCUCUCUCCAAGCCUCCAUCGAGGGCGAAAACAACUCCGAGUCGUAAACGCGACCCCCAUCCCUCUCCCUUCAUCAUACGCAACACAAAACCCGUCCACUGACUCCGAUCAACUUGCCUACCGACUGUGCGAAUUAUCUCUACAAAAGAUCCAAAAGGAAGCUCGUGCUUCCGAGCCUGAUAUUCGCCAUGUACUAGCCUGUACCUCUAUGCAAAGGCUGGCACAACAGGAUCUGCUAUAUCGUCUUGACACGCUACAGACAGCAAUGGAUAUCCCCGUGCUGCCUUUACUACCGGGUGCGGAUGAGUCUUUAACGGGCGACGACGACGAGAUGGACAUGAGAUCACUAGAGAUUGCUGUGUCAGAGUUAGAGACUGCUAGCAGACGAGGCGAGCUGGCUCGUUACAUCUGCUUUCAGCAAAUCAAGGAAAUGUGA